GCAGCUGUUAGGAGAGCAUCGUGCCGGCUACGUACUUAUGCGGCCACCUAUACCGCCGUCGAUGUUGUGCCCGCCGAUCGACACAUCAUGCAAAUGGCCGAGGUGGUGGCUUCCCCGUAUCUACCAAUAAGUGACUAUGUGGCGGGUCGAAAACGCCUGGUGCAAAACAGCAACAGUCUUCGCAAUUCUCCUUCUGGGAUUCAUGACUUGGCUUUACCAAACCAAUUUGCCGACCGUUUCAGGUAUCACCCAUUUUCCGCUCUGGUCGAAGCGUCUCCAGCGACAUCGAUCCAUCGCUUCUGACGCCCCCAUGCAUACCGAUGAUGUCACCAUAUGGUUCGUCGAGAGUUCAAAUGAAACAUGCUUAAAGGGUCGCCAGGCAUGCUCAAUUGAGUCAGCUUCAUUGCACAACCCAAGCGCGCGUAUCCUUCUCUUGACAACAGGCCAGCUAUCUCCAGACUGUGACUUCUAUAAAGCAUUGUCCUCACUAGAAAACUUUGCUAGCUUCAAGAUUAAUUUGACGGACACGUUUAGCGACACGCCUAUAUAUUCCUGGUACAGGUCUCGAAACUGGACUAAGGGCCCGUACGGAAUAGAAGACCUCAGCGACGGCAUCAGACUCGCGGUAUUGUGGAAGUACGGCGGAAUCUACCUGGACCUCGACGUCAUUGUGCUUAACGGCCUCCGGGAACUAAACAACAGCGUAAUGUUCGAAGUCACUGGCCAACUAACGAACAGCGUGCUAUAUUUUGAUAAGGGACAUCCGUUCAUCGGUGAAGCGCUCAAAAGGUGCGCUAAAGAGUACAACGCUGUUCAUUGGGGGAGCUGUGGUCCAUCUCUACUGGGACGCGUCUACUACUCAUGGACCAAUGGGGAAAAAGUGGUCAGAUUUAGAGAGCGCGAAACGUUUUUUGCGGUUGGAUACGAUGCAUGGAUGUCGUUCUUCGAGCCCAGCAAAGCUGGUUCGGUGUUUGAGGCUGUAGCAAACAGCUAUGGCGUCCACCUGUGGAACAAAUUAAGCCAUGGUGUGAGAGUUGUUGUUGGAUCGGGAUCAGCCCUUGAUGUAUUGGCCAGGUUCAACUGCCCUACUGUAUACUCAAUAAUGAAGCCAAAAAAAUUUUUUUGAUGUUUGCCAUAAUUCCUCUAGGUCUGCAGAUUGCUGAGUGUGAUUGCUGACACUUUGAAUUGCGAUCAGGCGUAAUUCUUUAUGUGCGUACGGGUAUUACAUGUACGCUGUAAGUCGUGUGUUAUGAAUGAAUUGCAGUAGUGCUUCGCGGAAUUUAUCUCGCGGUUAUAGCUGAUAGAGACAAUGUAGAAGAGGUCGCAAUGCAGUAGCAGACGGGAGCGUUCCUACUGGUGGUUCAGUUAGGCAACGAGAAGCAACAGUCACUUUAGCGAAAAGUCAGUCUCUGAAGAAAAGGUAGCGUGUGGAUUAUCAAUAAACUCGUCUAAGACACUGGGGAAGCGUAAUUUCAGUGUAGCAAAUGAAGUACGGAAGGUAGACGAUACCGUAUGCGCAAAGGCAAACAUAAACAUAAAACACAAA